UUUGGUGACCCGGAAGAGUUGAGCGGCGGGGGGGGGUGGGGCGCAUUGUUGCCAGGGAGCCGCUGCCGUUCCGGCUGCACAGCGUUCGCCCGCUGUGCCCGAGGCCCGCGGGUCCAAUUCCAUUCUUGCCCAGUUUCGGGGAAGACCCCACUUGUACACCACAGUCCCCUCUGCAUUCUGCUUGCCGCGCGGCUGCGAAGCUUCUGACAGGGUUCCCGGGGGCGCGCACGCCACGCCCUCCCAGCGAGAGGGGCGGGGCUAGGACGCUGCCGCGGACGGAAGAGGUGACUGUUGAAGCGGAAACCCGCCGGCCAUGGAGGCAGGCCUCGGCGGCCGAGCCGACAAGGUCCCCUCUGACUGCGCCGCACCAUGCGCCUCAGCCUCUUCCGGCGCCUUCUCCUGGCCGCCCUGCUGCUCGUGAUUGUCUGGACGCUCUUUGGGCCCUCGGGCAUCGGGGAGGAGCUGCUGAGCAUCUCGCUAGCCUCCCUGCUCCCAGGCCCGGCCUCGCCCGGGCCGCCCCUGACCCUGCCCCGCCUCCUGAUCCCCAACGAGGAGGCGUGCGGCGGUCCCGGCCCCCCGCCCUUCCUGCUAAUCCUGGUGUGCACGGCCCCGGAUAACCUGAACCAGAGAAACGCCAUUCGGGCCUCGUGGGGCCGGCUGCGCGAGGCCCGAGGGCUCAGGGUGCAGACUGUCUUUCUGCUGGGAGAACCCAGCUGGGGCUCGCGCGGGAACGACCUGGCGCGGGAGUCAGCGGCCCAGGGGGACAUAAUGCUGGCGGCUUUCCAGGAUUCCUACCGCAACCUCACUCUCAAGACCCUCAGCGGGCUGAACUGGGCCGACAAACACUGCCCCGUGGCCCGCUACAUCCUCAAGACUGAUGAUGAUGUGUUCGUCAAUGUCCCCGAACUGGUAUCAGAGCUGGUCCGGCGAGGAGGCCGCUGGGAGCAAUGGGAAAGGGGCAUGGGGCCCCCGAGAAAGGCGAAAGUUGGAGAUGAAAAGUGGGAAGGAGGCCCCACCUUGGCGAGCCAGCCUGUGCCUCUCUUGUACCUGGGCCGUGUGCAUUGGCGGGUGCACCCCUCUCGGACACCAGGGGGCAAGCACCAGAUAUCAGAGAAACAGUGGCCUCCCACCUGGGGCCCCUUUCCCCCCUAUGCCUCAGGCACGGGGUAUGUGCUAUCGGCUUCUGCUGUGCAGCUCAUACUGAAGGUAGCCAGCCGGGCACCCCUUCUGCCACUGGAGGAUGUCUUUGUGGGGUUAAGUGCCCGACGAGGAGGCCUCGCCCCAACCCACUGUGUCAAGCUGGCUGGUGCCACCCACUACCCCCUGGAUCGGUGCUGCUAUGGGAAAUUCCUGCUGACAUCCCACAAGCUGGACCCCUGGGAGAUGCAGGAAGCCUGGAAGCUGGUGGGUGGCUCUGACGGGGAAAGAACUGUACCCUUCUGCUCCUGGCUCCAGGGAGUCCUCGGCAUCCUCCGAUGCCGGGUAAUAGCCUGGCUUCACAGCUGAGAGGGCGUGAGCGCCCAGGAGAGGGGUGAGGAGCUGAGAGUCCAACCAGCACCCUCACCACCUUCUCUCUCCCGGGCCCAAGGCAGGGGCUCUAGCUGGCUGCAACUGAUUGGUUGCCCUACACCAGAUGCGCAGUCUGUCACUGAAGACUGAGGGAUACAGGACACACCUAGGGGGCUGCCUUGCCUGCCAGCCCCAAAGAUGGUCAUCAGGAAGAGCCGCACAUGCUGGGUUGUUCUCUCCAGCCACGGCAGGGGAGGGGCACAAGCCCCUCAAUAAACUUGUCUCUUUUCCUCUUCGAGUACAGUGUGGUCCUCACCAGGAGUCUCAGAUCACAAACCUGGGGAACCUGAAGGCUACCAGAGCCUGCUGGAUGGAAAGGACAUCUCCAGGGAUGUGGGAGAGGGAGGACAGCCUCUCCCUGGAGGAAGGCCCUAGAGAGCCAGACUAAAGCCACAGCGACUACAAGAUAGGGGUGAGGGUAGAAGCAAGACACCACCACCUCUCGUGUCUGAGAGCAGCCCCAGGCCGGACGUGGGAAGGGAACAGGUCCACAGGAUGAUCCAGACAUGUUAUCCAAAAACCCACCUUCCUGUUUAAUACCAAGCCCUCUCCCCCAACCCCCAGGAGUCAGCUUUCCACCCCCUGUGGGGGAGGGGGCUCACUGCUCCCUCCUCAUUCCAGGGAACAGGUCAUUCCCCACAGGUGCUCUUGGGGAGAGAAUGUCGUUCCCAGGAACCCCUGGAGCCUGGCUCAGCGCACAAAUCUGUCCAGGGCAGAUGGCCGGGCCCCCAUGGGCUUGGCCUUCUCUUGCUUCUGCGGCUGCUGCUCCAAGCUCUGCCGGACUUUGUCCUGGGGUGGGAAGAAAAGGCGAGGUGAGAAGUGGCAGGAGGGCAUAGCCCACAGGCCACCCGGCCCAUCCCCCAGUGCUCACUUACCCUGUGUUCCUCAUCCAUGACCUUCCUCUUCCUCUUCACCAGACUUGCUGUGGAGCUGCGGCCCUUCUGCUUUGGCUUUGGCUGGAAGGGAGGUUUGGUGUCGGGAUCGUAGCCCUGAGGGAGGGGACAGGAGUGAAACCUGAAACAGACUUCCAAGGCAGGGAACUGCACUUAUGAGGACAUGGUGGGGACAGGAUGUGGGGGUGAGGAAGGCCCGGGCCCUCGGGGGCCUGCUCCGUACCAGCCUCUCAAGCCGUUCCUUCUUUUCCUGCUCCAGAGAGAUGACAUCAACCUCUGCCAGGGCUCGUGGGUCCAGACAGAUGAGCUCUGCAGGUACCUGGGUGUGUCACAGAGGGACAGGAAUGCGUAAGGAGCCACAGGAGGGUGACACCCAAGAGAUGCCGCUGAAGCCCACUCUUCCCAAGACCCCCGGCCCCACACCACAUGCAGACACUUCCUCACCUUCUCCAGUAGGGCCUUCACCUCCCACUCCUGGCGCUGCUUCCGGCUCCUGUAUGGGUUACUCUCCAGGCCGUCGAAGUUGGGCUCAGCAGCCCCUGGAGGGAGGAGGGAACACAGAACUGUAAACAGGAACCUACUCCAGCCUGAGCAAGCCCCUGGCCCCCAGCUGUCUCAGGGUCAGGCCCACUCCAGCUUCCAUCCCAAGGUCAUCCACUUAAGAGCCCCAGCCCUGCCCACUCACCAGGGACCAGCAUGCUGGUGAUGCCCCCGCUGUGCCCCACUCCCAGCACAUCUUCAAAGGGGCAGAACUGAAGGCCAUGCACGUGGCCUGAGAGCCGGUGGGUGAGGUAGGGCUGCUCCAGGGACGGGGGGCUGGCCUUGCCCUGUCCUGCCCAUAUGUUGACCACAUCGCCCGUUCCUGCAGCCAGCAGUCCCCGCUGGGAGAAGGCCAGGUGCCCCGCUCCCUGGGGCAGGGUCCGAGCGCUCAGAGGCUGGAACGUCCCUCGCAAGUCAAAGAUCUUCAGCUGGUGGUCCAGGCCAGAGGUGGCCAUGUGCCUGGGGGCAAGGGGGGCUGGUUAAUCCAUAGUAUGAGCUUACUGGGCAGGCCCGUGGCCAAGUCCAGGCAUCAGGUCUGGUUGAAGAGAAGAAGACCAAUAAUGACAGUAAUCACUACCAUCACACCACACACUCCACGCACCUCUUCUCAGUGAGGCGGCUGUACUAUUUUCAUUUCCCUUUUACAGAGAAGAAACUGAAACUAGCUCAGAGAAAGGAAAUCAGGGUGAGUGGUAGAGCUAGAAUUCAAGUCAGACCUGUGUCUUUAGUGUCUGUGCUCUUACCCACUCACGACAUGUGAAUGAAAGGGAGGACACACACGACAAUCUACACCCAGGUGUGAGGUCCCACCACAUAGACAGGCAGCCCAUCGGUAAGCAGCGGGAAGGGCUCACAGCAGUGGUCAGGGAGGGCUUCGUGGGAUUUGAGCCAUUCUAGGUAAUUCUCAAGAAAGCACAAAAAACAGAGAUGCAUGUAUAAGCAGGUACAAAUGAAUUAACAUCAGAGCAUGGUGACAGGGAGAUGGAAGCAGGGGUUUGUUUUCCAGGCUGGUGGGAAAUAUGGCCAGGAAGGCCAGGAGGGGACAAAUUGCAGGGGCUCCUGAAGGUCGGACGGGAGAUAGUUCCCAAAGCUGCUCUCCGGCAAUGACAGGCCACAAGAUGGAGGCUGCAUGGACCUGAAAAAACCUCCUUAGGAAGCAAGGAAGUGAUGCACUAGAGGGCCCUGCCCCGCCCCCUUCCCUGGAAGGAGGGUGGGCAAGGUUGGUGACCAAAUCCUCUCAAGGAAGCAUGUACCAUGCAAGUCAUUUACUUGCAGAGGUUGGAGUUUCUAUUGAUGUUCAAGUUGCUCCUCAGGGAGGCUGAAGGGGGACCAGCCAGGCCAGGGGAUGUAUGUUUGCCAGAAGCCAAAGACCCUCCUCUUAGCCUUGGCUGUGAACCCAGGAGGAAGACACUAAGGAGUUCCUACUUGAGCAGAGACUUGGCCUGUGAUGGGGCCGAAGAGAGGCCCAGCUGGAUACUUGUCCUGACAAGACAAUCAGGGCCCAGCUCCACCCGAGGGAGAGGCCAUCAGCACAAACCAGGACUUAUGGAGGGCUCCUGGGACACAGGGUCACACCCUUCACUGAGCCAACAACUGAGGAGCACACGCUGGCUCCUGCCCCAAACACACCCAGCUCUGGGAUCCCCUGUGCAAAUGCCCACCCAGUGGCCAGAUGGGUCUCCAAGGCCACACUACCACGCUACUGAACUUGCAAGAAACACUUCAGCUUUGCGAGUCCAAUCCAAUCCUAAUGCAAGCUUCCAGAAUGCCAGCUGAGGACGACAGUCAGCCUCAUCUCUGGAGCCCCUGUGGCUGGUCUGAGGCACCCCUGAGGAGGACCAGAGCUAAGCCGGGGUGGGCCUAAGACCAAGGACCAGAGCCGUCUGGUGUCAGGCUGUUGACCAAACCUCCGUGAAGGAACUGAUGGAGCCCUGAGCACAGGAGUAGCUGACCCAGGCAGCCUGGGGAAGGCCAAGUCCAGCUCAGGUCCAAUGGCCCACAGAAGGCAGAAAACCUCAGGACAGGCCCCCUGACAGUCCUAGCACCAGACUGGCACAGACAUGGAGUAAACAGGGCAGAAGCAAACCACCUGUCCACAGAGACACAACUAUGGGGGGCCCAGGAGGCGUGAGCAUCUGGCAGGCUUUCAUAAGUUGGUAGCCACUGGGCUUUUCUUCUUCCUGAUUUUCUAUCAAACAACUUAAAAGUAAGGUUAUGGAGUUAAUACUUAAUGUAGAAGAUUCCUGAACAAUGGUGUAAAAGGAGGAAAGCCACGUGGGAAAGAGUAUUCUGACAUCAACACCCAGGACACACAAGGAGGAAGAACUGGAGGCUAGAAACUGAGACACUGAGAAUGGCGAGAAACAGACCUUGGAGGGACCCUGGAGGGGAAAAGCAGUCAGGACUUCACAGCGGUCGUGAGGCGGAAAUUCAAAGCAGACCUGCCACCCCCAACCCUUCACAUCACCAGCCAGACCUAAAGAGGACAAUCGUCUUUGACAAAGAUGACGAAAUACAGCGCUCCCUACCCACCAGGCACCAUGAUCAACUCUAUAGGCCUUAACUCGCGUUCACGCCUACAACAGUUUUCUAAGCUAAGCCCCAGGCUUGGCAAACUAUGGCCCAUGAGCCAACAAAGCCAGCGCACCACCUAUUUCUGUAUAGCCCACAAACUGUAAAGAAUGGUUUUUACAUUUUUAAGUGGUUGGGAAAAAAAAUCAAAAGAAAUAUAUUUUGAAACAUGAAAAUUAUUUGAAAACUCCAGUGUCAGCAUCUACAAAUAAAGAUUUAUUGGGACACAGUCACACUCAUUCAGUUACUUGUUCUGUGGCUGCUUUUUGUGCUAAGACAGCACGGUAUUGUG